UUGUAGUUGCAGCGAUGAAUGUGGUAAAAAGGCUGAUGGAAAUCCGACUUACAUGGAUACGCCGUUAUACAGUGUAGUAGUUAAGAUAGUAACAUGGGUAUUUAGUUAUUCAUAUCACUGUUGCUGUCAUUGUCAAGCUGCUGUUAUUAUCAUUGGUAGCACGGAAGUGGUGUUUCACUAAUGAGUAUGCGGAGACUAUCGGAUUGCGACCAUUCAGAAAGUGGAAUUUGCGCACGAUGUGUUCUUCAAAAGGCCUUCAAUUUGUCGAACAAUGAAGCUAUUUGCGUCACACAGCCACAGCGCCUCUCUUGCAAUAGUUUGUAUUCAUUAUGCACAAAUAAUGGGACAAAAUCUCCCCUGGCUGCUGUAUAUUCCAUCGGUUCAUGCCAAAAAAACAUGAAUUCUGAAAAUGAUGUUGAAAUAUUAGUUGCUAGCAAGGACAGCAGUAUUGCAUCAUUUUCCACUGAUGAUUCAACAAAUACCGGGCUCGAAAAAGGUGUCUCUUCGGAAAGCCUAAAUUUGGGACCACGUACUGCUGGUGAUGGUGCAGAUGACGAAGAAAGUCUGACGGGUACUAUUACUUCUGGUGAGUGCAUAUGGCAGGAAAAUUAUGAAGAUGAUGGACAUACAUCCGGAUUCGGUGUAUUCGAAAAACAUGCCGUGGAAAAGCGAGAAAGUCCCUCUGAAGCAUCUAUCGAAUCAGAAACGAGAGAUGAAAUCAAUAUGACAAGACAGGAUAAUGUUAAAAAUUUUCCUAAUUUUGCUGUAACCAAUCGAAGUUGGCUGCUAAGGUUAUUUGAAUCAGAUUUGUUCGACAUUCGGAUAGCUAUACGGUAUCUAUCCAGUUGUAAAGAAGCCGGUGUUUUAAAUUACUUAGGUAAUCGAUUAUUUGAUUUGCCGACUGAAAUGGUGGAUUUUUAUAUACCGCAGCUCAUAGUACUAUAUAUAAAUAUACGGGAAGUCGCAGAAGUCAUUCAUCCUUACAUAGUCAGAAGAUGCAAAGAUAGCGUCGAAUUUUCGCUGGAGUGUUGCUGGUUAUUGGAUGCCUAUGGAGCCAACAUAUUUCGAAAAUUCAAACAAAAAUCUCACGGGCAUCGUUUACAACAGUCGAUUUUAAAUGAAUUUCGUGAAAGAUCAGGUGAUUUCAAAACAAAUUCGAUGGCAUUAUCAUCGCCUACACAGCAGUAUUUUCGGGCUCUUUCAGAAACCAACCUCUACAGGACUGUUGAUAAAGCACAACAAAUGAUCUCAAAAAUACAGAAUAGCGAUGAAGUUCUGAAUAAUAAAAGUAUUCAUGGUACAGAAAUUUUUGGCGAUUUAACUAGCGGUGGCGCUUUUGAUAAUGGCUGUCCUUGUUUUGAUGACGAACGAUGCGUAAUAACUAAUAAGGAGAAUGUGGUGCAAAUGGAGUGCAAAUGUGGAGCACUUAAAAUUCAGCCAGAGCAAGCAUUCGUGAAAGCUCUGAUGAAUAUUGGUAAUAAAUUAAAAGUCUUUUCAAGCAAAGAUGAACGAACCCGUUGUUUGGUUGAUGAACUUUGUAAAAUUAAUGUCAAUCUUCCUGCACGGGUUUGGUUACCACUUUAUGCACAUUCAUUGAAGCAUAUUGUCCUUCGAAUACCGCCACUUGCUGGUUGCAUACUGAAUAGUAAAGACAAGGCUCCAUAUUGUUUGUUUGUGGAGGUACUUGAAGUGGCGGAUGUACGACAAACCAGGGUACCUAAGCGUAUCAGUGAUAUUGAAGCAGCAGAAUAUCAGCGCAAAGGUCGCGAUGUUUUUGCUUCAUUGAAGAAAGAUACAGCAACUGAAUUAAAAAAAAGCACGGAAGAAAUCCGAAUCAUAUCCAAUGAUCCAAUAUUUGCUAACGUCUUGAAACCUCUUUCGUCAACAGGUGCGUCGCCAGAAUUCAAGGAAAAAGGGAAUACUGCUGAUAUUCGGAAACGAUUCUCGCUUUGGGUCAAGGGUCCAGGGCGUCAACUACGCGAUACACCUGAUGAUCCAUCAGCAUCAGCGAUGAGUGAACCCUGGGAGGAAAAAGUAGCACGAAUAAAGCAUUCUUCACCCUAUGGACGUCAUCCUCUUUGGCGUUUAUUGCCAGUAAUUGUGAAAACUGGUGACGAUUUGAGACAAGAAUUGUUGGCUUAUCAGUUGCUUUCCGUUUUGCGGAACAUCUGGAUAGAAGAAAAAGUUCCGUUGUAUCUGAAACCGUAUAAAAUAGUAGUGUGCUCACCAAAUUCAGGAAUGAUUGAGCCGAUAUUAGAUGCAUCUUCGUUGCAUCAGAUUAAGAAAAAUAUGGUAAUUCGUAGUCCAACAUUCGGUGCAGUACAACCGGCAUUACUGACACAUUUUUUUGAAACAUUUGGUCCUCCAAGUUCUGAAGCUUUCCUUGUUGCGCAACAGAAUUUCGUACGGAGUUGUGCUGGAUACAGUCUUGCUUGCUAUUUCUUACAAGUCAAAGACAGGCACAAUGGUAACAUAUUAUUGGAUUCUGAAGGACAUUUAAUACAUAUCGAUUUCGGCUACAUACUUUCCAUAUCACCGAAAAAUUUGGGUUUCGAAACUUCACCAUUCAAGCUGACACAGGAGUUGGUUGAUGUUAUGGGUGGUGUAGAUAGCGAUAUGUUCGGUUACUAUAAAAUUCUAAUCCUGAAAGGUUUGCUGGCAACGAGGAAGCACUACGAGCAAAUUGUCAGCAUUGUUGAAAUAAUGAUUAACGGUUCGCAGUUACCCUGUUUUCGUGGUGGCAGUAAUACAGUCCGUUUGCUGAAAGACCGUUUCCAUAUGAACUACACGGAAGAACAGCUGCGGACAUUAGUAGACACUAUGGUUGAGCAAAGUCGUGACUCUAUCACUACACGACUUUAUGAUAAUUAUCAGUAUUACAGUAACGGGAUAUUGUAAAAGACGAGGCUCUGUUUUUGCUUUUCGCAGAGAAAAAAAUGUUAGCAUAUGGAAUGGAGGAGGAUUUUGGAAGCGAAUUAGCUGUUUUAAAUUCA